CGGCGCCUCGCGGCCUCAUCGUUCUUUUCCCUCUCCUGUGCUGUUGGGGCGGCUGGCCUGCGCUCUUUCUCCGGAAGAUUUAACAUCGAAGCAGCAAAAAUGAUCAUCUACAAGUGCAAGAUCACAAAUGAUGAGAUGUUCUCUGAUAUUUACAAAAUCACGGAGUCUGCGAACGGAUUCUUCAUCGAAGUCGAAGGAAAGAGCGUCACUCGGACCGAAGGAGAGAUUGAUGAUUCUCUAAUUGGAGGCAAUGCUUCUGCUGAAGAAGCUCAGGAGUGCAACGACACAAACUCUGUCUCUGGUGUGGACAUCGUCCUCAACCACAAUCUGCAAGAGACCUGCUUUGACAAGAAGGGAUUCCAGGGUUACUUGAAAGGCUAUAUGAAGGCUAUUAAGACCAGCCUACAAGAAUCCGAACCAGACCGAGUGGAGUCCUUCAUGACAGAAGCCCAACUAGGAGCCAAGACCAUUCUGGCAAACUUCAAGAACUACCAGUUCUUCACAGGAUCGAGUAUGAACCCAGACGGCGCUGUGGGCCUGCUGGAUUUCCGCGAGGACGGCAUCACCCCAUACAUGCUUUUCAUCAAAGACGGUCUGGAAAUCGAGAAAUGUUAACUACCAGGAACUACAUCUGCUACUUUCCAAACGGCCCACAAGCAGACUGAAGGAGCACGACUUUGCAUCAUACCUGAACGGAUACGCCCUUGUUCAAUUUCUUAAAAGUAUUCACAUUACGGCCCACAGUACUACUCCCAAAGCCGGAGAAAUCAAACGUGAUCGAUCACUGAAUAGUUUUAAACUUUUCUUUUCAGCCUUUGCAGUGUUUGAUUUAUUUUUUUUUGUGUCCCAGGAUUGGCCUAGUUUUUGCGAUUGAAGCUACCAGACAGGACAGUGAGUGAAGCUCUGACUUUGACAGAAAAAAAAGUCAUUUUUCUCCCCGUCUGUCGGUGUACUCUUAUAGCAACGCUCCACGCCGGUUAACAUCUCCAGACCUCCUCUUUGUGUUUGGGUUCCAUUAAAUGAGAUUCCAUCUACAGGUCAAUGACGUCUGUUUUAAUUUGACAAUAAAAUGAACUACCACUA